GGACACGUGUCCCCACCCCUCCCCUGUCGCUGCGCGUGGGCCCGGCUUGUCAGUGACCGACCGGGUACGGACGACGCGGAGUAGUUUCGUACUGGACUCCUCCGAGCGGCGCUCGCUGCUACGCCUCUCUCUCUCUCUCCUCGCCGCUCGCCGCCAUUGCUCGCCGCGGCGAGAGCACGCGAGGUCACGAGGAGGAGAAGAAAAAGCGGAAUCGAGAAGCUACCAAACGCGAGCGGAGAUGGGGUUACCUACUGCUGCUGCGCCCGCGUGCUGCUUCCCCUCCACUUCGUCGUCGUCCCCGCGGCUACUGCUCCUCCCGCUCCAACCACCACCACCACAGCCGCCGCGGCGACGGCGGCGGCUUGUUUCCCCCGGGGUUUGCUUCGGUUCUCCGCUGCCGCUGCACGCCCGCUUCCACUGGCCCCACGCGGUGGCAUCCUCCUCCAUGCGCCGCCGCGGGCGGCGACGCAGGGCCACGGCCCCUCCCGCCGCGGCAGCCGCAGGGGAGGCCACCGGCGACGGCGGCGGCUCUGGUCCCGGCGCCGAGGAUAAGAGAGUUGAAACGGACCUCAAAACACUUGCUAGAAGAUUUUGGAAAGUUGCUGCCCCUUACUGGUGGUCAGAAGAUAAAGUGCAAGCGAGGCUGAGGCUUGCUGCAGUAUUUGCUCUUACAUUAGCAACUACUGGAAUUAGUGUUGGAUUUAACUUUCUGGGUCGUGACUUCUACAAUGCCCUUGCUGACAAGGACCAGGAACAAUUUACCAAGCAACUGCUGUAUUACUUGGGAGGUUUUGCUGUAGGAAUACCGUUCUUUGUCUUGAGAGACUAUGCAAGGGAGACCCUUUCUUUAAGAUGGCGAUCUUGGAUGACAAGUUAUUACAUGAAGCGCUACUUUAAAAAUAGAACUUUCUAUAAGAUUCAAUCUCAAUCACUAAUUGAUAACCCGGAUCAACGGAUCAAUGAUGAUCUCAGUGCAUUCACUGGAACCGCGCUUGCAUUUUCUCUGACAUUUUUAAAUGCUGCCGUGGACUUGAUAUCAUUCAGUAACAUCCUUUAUGGGAUCUAUCCACCAUUAUUCAUUGUUCUUAUUGUCUACUCCCUUGGGGGCACUGGAAUUAGUAUCUUCCUUGGUAAAAAUUUGGUCAACUUGAACUUCAUGCAAGAAAAGAAAGAAGCAGAUUUUCGUUAUGGACUUGUCCGAGUUAGAGAAAAUGCUGAAUCAAUUGCUUUUUAUGGCGGUGAAGAAAAUGAAUUGCAACUUUUGUUGGAUCGAUUCAGGAGGGCUUUUGAAAACCUUAGCGAAUUGCUAAUAGCAUCUCGUAAUCUGGAGUUUUUCACCAAUGGCUACCGUUAUUUAAUCCAGAUCCUGCCAGCUGCAGUUGUUGCUCCGAUGUACUUCUCAGGAAAAAUUGAAUUUGGAGUAAUAAAUCAAUCAGUGUCUGCUUUCAAUCAUAUCCUUAGUGAUUUUUCUCUCAUUGUGUUCCAGUUUCAGUCAAUUAGUGCAUUCUCGGCGGUUAUUGAUCGUCUAGGUGAAUUUGAUGAUCUGUUGGAUGGAAAUGGUUCAUCUUUAUCCAAGCCUGAUAACAUUGAUGGGAUCAACAUAAUUUUCAAGAGCACUGGUCCUACUGUACUGAGUUCCAAUGGAUCACCGACACAAUCUAAUCCAUCCAUGGUUCUUGAGAUUUGUAAUUUGACAUUAUUAACACCCAGGAGUGGAAACAUUCUUAUUACUGACCUCACUAUGGAACUCAAAGAAAAGGACCACCUACUGGUAAUGGGGCCCAGUGGAAGUGGGAAAACCUCUUUGUUACGUGCUUUGGCUGGCCUUUGGACCAGUGGUACUGGGGACAUCAUAUACCAUGUGAGAGGUUCCAUGGAGCUUCAAACAUCAAAUUCAGGUCCUGAUGAGCCAUCCAACAUACAGUCAAACGGUGAAGAACUGCUACAAAGUUCAAAGCAGAGAAGGGAUAAUGGUAUAUUCUUUGUUCCACAGAGACCAUAUAUGGUUUUGGGAACCCUUCGUCAGCAAUUGCUCUAUCCUACAUGGACUGAAGAUGUUUGUCAUUCAUCAAAUAAUGAUCCUCAAAGUACAGACCCUCUUACCUUUGAAGUCUCCACAUCAGAUGGAGUUGGUUCCAAGUCUGAGAUGCCCACAACUGAUGAACUGAUCAGAGUACUUGAGGCUGUUAAGUUAGGCUAUAUAUUGCCUCGUUUCAAUGGUUUGGAUUCUAUGCAUGAUUGGGCCAGCGUUCUCUCUCUGGGGGAGCAACAGCGUCUUGCAUUUGCUCGGUUGUUACUUGCAAAACCAACUUUAGUCCUCCUUGAUGAGUCCACAAGUGCACUAGAUGAUAUGAAUGAGCGUCAUCUAUACAGUCAGAUUGAAGCUGCAGGGAUUACUUACAUAAGCAUUGGUCACCGGAAAACACUGCACAAGUUCCACAACAAGGUCUUGUACAUUUCAAAUUCCGAUUCAACGGAUAGCAACCCACGUAAUUGGUACCUAAAGCCCACAGAACAGAUGUCGAUUGAAGAGUCAUCCUCAUUUGCUUCAUAAGAAUUUCAUGAUUUGAGCAACAUUUGCCCCUGAGCAGUUUUGUCGCAAGAUUUCACCCAUACGUGAAGUGUAUGGUGCCCAGCCAAGUACCCAAAAUAUGUCAUGCUGAUUGUUCUAAAGAUGUGAUGCUUGAGUAGUUGAGUUGUAUGACCAAAAUUGCUAGUAUGCUACAAACCAACUCGAGGCGUGGCACAGAUUUUAGCACCUAAAGGUUGAAAGGGAAGCUCAUCUGUUCUUGGAUCGUUAUACCACGAAGUUCAGAAUGAACAUCAUAUGUAGAUAUGCAGUCCUCUGAUCUUUUUGAGUUUCUUUUAGAAAUGACGACGGAAUAUCUGAAACUGUCUCUUUGUUAUUACGUGUGUGGUGUGUCCUUGUAACUAUACUGGGAAUUACAGCUCUUAUAUACAUGCAGUGUGUGCAGACUCCGACCAAA